AUGGCAUCAGCAACACCUUGUGGCCUUAUUCUCCUAGGUAACAGUGGUGUAGGGAAAAGUUUUUUAGCUAAUCGCUUAUUAGAUGAUGAUAACGCAUUUGAAAGCAAAUUUUCUGCGAAAUCUGUCACUCGUUAUACCGAAUGGAAAGACAUGCCAGUGGCUAUUGAAAAUCGUAUCUAUUCAGUGGCGAAUAUUCCUGGCUUGGUUGAAGCAAAUCAAAGGUUGGUAGAUGAAAAUCGUCAUGAGAUCAUGAAAGCUUUCGAACAAUGUCCUUUCUCUAUCGUUAUUUUUGUUUUUGGUCACAAGAAUGGACGAAUACCCGAUGAAGACUUGGUGGCUUUUACUCGCAUUAAUAACGCUUACGAAUUUUCUCCUCGAUCGUUGUUGAUCAUUGUCAAUGGAAUUCCGUCUGAUAGACCAGAUGACUAUGAAACACGAACAGCAUACUUACUUCAUGAACUCACUCAUGUAGAUGUGAAUCACAUAUAUUUUAUAGAGAAAACAACAUCGGAAGAAAGUAAAAAGUUUAUCCAUAAAAUUCUACAUAAGGCAUUGACAACAUGUGAACCUAGUCAUCAGACAAAAAAGCAGGAUAUUGUACUUAUAACAGAUGAAAUUUCUCAAUUAAAAGCGCAAAGUAAGCAACGGCAGGAUCAAUUAUUGACGCAAGCGGAAGAACAUUCAAAAAUACAGAAAAUAGACUUAACUCCAGAUUCAUAUCAGGAACUUCCACAAGGACGACCAACCCUAUCAUUUACGGAAACGUUUCAUCCAGAUUCAGCUCAGAAACUUCAACAAGGACGACCAACUCUAUCAUAUACGGAAAUGGUUCAUCCAGAUUCACAAUCCAUGGAGCAAGAUGACAGCUUCAAUGAGUUGCUAAAGACUCAUCAGAACAAAUUUGAUCGAUCUAGUGGAAAAAUCGAACUUCUACUACACGAUCCAGACAGAGAUGCCAGGAUCAGAUUAGCCGAACAAAUUAAACAAGACAGCGAAAGGAACAAACAAAUGAUUGCUCAGAUGUCGGUACCACCACAAGUUAUUGUCAUUUCUGAUAAGAGAUCUAAUCCCUUGAGAAAGAUCAAACAUGGAUUUGGUAAAGUAGUGAAUUAUGUGGGUGAUGUGUUUCAUGGUCCUGAGUCGUAUCAUUCUCCUGCUCCUGAUGGUAAUGAACAAGGUUGCCCUUCAUAUCCCAAUUCACCUCUUUCUCCUCAUCCUUACGAUCCUCGUUCAUGUGGACACAAAAAUAAGUGA